GGUCGGUUGGGCAAACUCGGCGAGAUCCGAUCCAAAACAAUUAUACUUGGGCAUUGGGCAAUGAAAAUAAAAGCGUAACUAUUAAAAACAAUUUACUUGAUAAUUAAAGAUUUUACAGCUAUUAUCGUUGUUUCCUCUCGAACAGCACUAAGAAAGAGCGAUAGAUACAGAAAAUUAAUUGGACAAAACUGAAACAACAACAAAGAUCUACUACAUCAUUUCAUCGUUUUCAAGUCAAAGAAUUAUAUGAAUGAAGCCGAGACUGGUUUUACGUGUAGUGGAGUGAUUAUUUGAUUGGGUUUUGCUUUGAGUUGCAAGAGGAAAGAGGGAAGUUCAGUUAUGGACAGGGCUGAUGCGGCAGCUCUCGUGGAGGCCACUGGGUCGAGAUUCAGUGAUUUAGUGCUUAUUGGAAGAGGGUCAUUUGGGGAUGUCUAUAAGGGGUUUGAUAGGGAGCUCAACAAAGAGGUUGCUAUUAAAGUGAUUGAUCUUGAGGAAUCAGAGGAUGAAAUCGAAGACAUCCAGAAGGAAAUAGCAGUUUUGUCACAAUGUCGGUCUCCUUAUAUUACAGAGUACUAUGGAUCUUAUCUGCAGCAAACUAAACUAUGGAUAAUCAUGGAGUACAUGGCUGGUGGCUCGGUAGCUGAUCUUAUUCAACCAAAUCAUCCGUUAGAUGAAAUGUCUAUGGCCUGCAUUUUGCGGGACUUGCUACAUGCUGUUGAGUAUCUUCACAAUGAAGGGAAAAUUCACAGAGAUAUUAAAGCGGCAAAUAUUUUAUUGACGGAGAAUGGUGAUGUUAAGGUUGCGGACUUUGGUGUUUCCGCACAAUUGACAAGAACAAUCUCUAGAAGGAAGACGUUUGUAGGAACUCCAUUUUGGAUGGCUCCAGAAGUUAUUCAGAAUUCUGAAGGUUACAACGAGAAGGCAGAUAUUUGGUCUUUGGGGAUAACUGCUAUUGAGAUGGCGAAAGGGGAGCCUCCACUUGCUGAUCUUCACCCAAUGAGGGUUCUUUUUAUUAUACCUCGAGAAAAUCCCCCACAGUUGGAAGAACACUUUUCUCGUCCUAUAAAGGAAUUUGUUUCAUUGUGUUUGAAAAAGGUGCCUGCUGAGCGUCCCAGUGCAAAAGAGCUUUUGAAACAUCGGUUCAUUAGGAACGCGAGGAAGAGCCAAAAACUUUUAGAGAGAAUCAGAGAGCGACCAAAGUUCCAAAUAAAGGAAGAUGGGGAAACCACUAGAAGUGGUACCCAGAUUUUAGGGGAAUCUUCUGGCACACUAAAGGUGACAAGGAACCCUAGAGUUGAAGAUACUGUUCGAGCCAGUCAGGGGAAGACUCUAAAAGCUGCUGGUUGGGAUUUCAGCAUUGGUGCUUCAUCUAGCACUGGAACAGUGCGAAGUGUUGUAAAACCGCCUCAAGCUAGAGAAAGGAAAGCAGAUGUAUCACUCAGUCAGGCCCCACCAAGGAGAACUGCAGAAAGUGGUAGUCGCUGGUCUUCUUCUGGAAGUACAAAUAACAUAUCUGAAGUUUCAGUUCAAACAGAUGCUAGAGAUCCACUUAUGGAUGAGAAACAAGAGCAUUACCAUGAAGAUGAUGAUUUGACAGCAAGCGGGACAGGAACCGUAGUUGUACGCUCUCCGAGAGGGAUUAAGUCAUCUUCUGUUUUUAGCGAUCAGAGUACCUUGUCUAGCAGUACUUUUGCUUCAAUGGAGGAUGCUUCCACCACUGGAACUUUUCUUUAUCGGGGACAGCAUGAUGAUUUGGAUUCUCCUCGAACUCCCAAGUCCAGACUUGGGAUCCAAGAGAGAACUUCAAGUGCAUCCCUUGAAGACAGUUCAAUAAACCUAGCUGAGGCGAGGGCUGCACUUCUAGGAGGAUUGAAGAAAGGUAAUGCCAAGGAAAGGUCUGGCCUGGGAAAGGGUAGCAAAGAUGGGCAAGAAAUGAAAAGGACAGAUCAAUUAACAGACAGCCCUGACUCUUCAAGACAUUCUCGUGAUUAUGUUGAUGCACUAAAAGCAUUUCCAAGAUCACGUCCAAGUGACGAAGAAAGCAGUGCCAAAAUGUCUUCAUUAUUAUUGUCAGCUCCACUAUCAAUACUUCUUGUCCCUUCAUUGAAGGAGGCUAUCGGUGAUGAAUCAGAAGGUUCCCUUGUUCGUGGAAUGACCAAUUAUUUUGUGGAAAUGGAACGCGUAAAGCCUGGAUCCUUUGAAGUUCUUAUGUCUAGGAUGCUUCAGCGGCUAGCAAGUUCGAAGGAAUCAUCACUGAAGGAUCUUCAGGAUAUGGCUGCUCAUAUCUUCACAAAGGGUAAAACAGUUACCGAGCAAACAAAUAAUGCAAAUGCAGAAAUUGAUAGCAGAAAAAAGCAGCAGAACAAAGACGCUAAUCAGAAUUCCAAUUUAAGUCCACUCGCGAGGUUCUUGCUUUCAAGAUGGCAAGGCCAAGCAUCUCGGGAUCUAAAUCCAAAUUAAGAAGAGGUCUGCCGUAUUUGCUGCUUCUAAUUUUCCCAUUGUAUUUUUUCUUUUUCAUUAUUCUUUUUGGUUCAAUGUACAUAACAUUUGAAAAAAAAAUAAAAAAUCUGUAGUAGUUGUGCAAUUUUGUUCUUUGUUAUUGCCACAUUAGUUUGAAUCUCCUUUUGUAGUGGAAAAUUUGAUGUAUACCUAGGUUGCUAGUAUUGCUGUACCAUUAUGAGAUGCUAAUAACGAACUGUAAUUGUCCUAUAUUUUAUACCACAUAUAUACCAAGAAAGUUUGUCUCA